CAACGCGUAGACGCGGCCCCCGGCCCGGGAGAGGGGCAGAAAGCCGGCGCGGCGGCAGCGAGACAGCUCGGGCCCCCGGCGAGCUCCCGCUGGGCGCCGCUGUCCGCGGUGUCAGACGCCGGCCAGUCCCGGUGCCCACCUGCCAGUCUGCCCGAACGAGGGGGUCUGGCUGUUCCUGCCAGACCGAGGCCCAGGCCACAUCGGUGCAUGAAACUGGCCUUCAUCCCCGCCAUGGAGGGGGCCUCGACGCUGUGCUGCCCAGACCCCUGCCCGGAGCUGGUGGACAGGGUCGCUGCCAUUGAUGUGGCCGAGGGGGACGACAGUGUGGUCUUCUCUGGGGAUAGUCAUGGCCACGACUUCCCAGCAAGCAGUGGCCCCCCAGAAGCCCGAGAGAGAAUCUCAUCGGCCCCCUCCCUGACCAUGAGAGACGUCCAUCCCCGGAAGGACGCCAAGAGUGUCCCUGUCCGACCGUCCUUGUCCAACAGGAAGCUGUCUCUCCAGGAAAGACCGAGCAGAAGCUGUCUCUCUGCCACCUGCCCUUCUACGAGCGGGCCCUAUGCCACAGGGCCUGCCAACCACAUCUCCCCCCGCAUUGUGCGCCGCCCCACCAUUGAAUGCCCUUUCAUCGAUGACUCCAUCCUGGCCCUCCACGGAAAGAUCAGGAAGGAGGAAGUGGGAUUCCCAGAGCAGCCCCUGAUCAGUGAGUCACUAAAGGACCUGAUCCUCCGGAUGUUGGACAAGGACCCCCAGACAAGGAUUGUGAUCCCCGAAAUCAAGUCACACCCCUGGGUGACCAAGAACGGAAAGCACCCCCUCCCCUCGGAGGAGGAGCACUGCAGUAUUGUGGAGGUGACAGAGGAGGAGGUGAAGAACUCGGUCAAGCUGAUCCCUCGGCUGCCCACUGUGAUCCUGGUGAAAGCCAUGCUAAGGAAACGUUCCUUUGGGAAUCCGUUUGAAACCCACUUCAAAUCAGAGGACAGGUCUCCAUCAAGAAACUUAUUAAAGAAAGAAGAUUGUAACAAAGAUGUGCCUGACCCCCAGGAGGACGAGCCUGCCUCCUGAGCCCCCCAUGGCCCCCUCGGGGGUUCUUGUCCUGCUGCUGUCACCUCUCAUCCUGGGAUCAUGCGCCCACCCCCAUGGACAGCCACCAAGAGCCAAAGGUUGGGAAACACCCUCCCCCAAAAGGGAAGAGAAGGGACA